AUGAUUGACAACGGUGAGGGAAGUGAAUGCAAUGAACAGCUUUUGCGCAUUCACGAAGCAUUGAAGACAAUCAGAGAUCACGAUGUCUUCAAAGAUAUCGACAAUGCAAAGCCUCUGACAGUGAGUCAGGGAGCGUCGCAGACGCCGUACGACAGAGCGCAAGCGCAAGCUGCCCUCGGCAACAACAGUUGCUACACUUGCGGCGCCAACUUUUUCUGGGCUGACCAGAUAUGGUUGCCGAACCACCGUGUCACGAACAAUUCAGGGCAAAUUCUGGCGCUGCAGGCACGGUUCUUACCUCCACUGGAGCCUCCAGCUACCUUCCCCUUCACUGUCACCGUGGCUGUGGACUCGGCCAACGACGAGGUGUUGGAAGGUAAAGGCUUCCAACGACUGAGCCCUGCCGAGCCCUGUCAUGCGAUGCUCUACAGCAUUCAGGAGGCAAUCACUGGCAAGGCCGACGCAGCGGUUUUGCAGGCCUGGAGGAAGCUCCUGUUGACUACGCCUUUCCGCUUCGAGCUGGUCGCAAUGGGAGAACCCAGGUACUGGAAGGCUGCGAACCUCCGCGAGGACAUUGUCGAGAAGGGUGUCAUGGUCACGAUGUCGGCACGCCAACGCAUUUAUGACGUCGUGGGCUUCAAGAAGGCGAAAGAAAAAGCUCUGGGUGCCUCGCUCACGUCGCAGCAGGUUGCAGAUGCCUACACCGCUCGCUUGAAGCUGUCCUCCCAAGCAGAGAGAAUCACGAAGUCCUUCGUCGACGCAGCAGUGCAGGUUCACGACAAAGUCUUCAAGUCUGAAAGGAGUCGCAUCAUGCUGGCCUGGUGCGACAGGCACUUCUUGUCAAAGAACCCAUGGGACUCAGUCUACCUGAUGCAGGAUCUGGCGGUGAGAGCACAGUCCCCGGACCUCAUCGCGGAAUGCUUGCACGGCCUAGUCGAUGGGUUCAGGAUGGGGUUCUUGAAGAAGGGCACCUUUGUCAGCAGCGUUUUGCGAGACCCACGCCAAAGUUACAUCGAAGUCUUGAAGUUGAAGGUGAAGCUCAGAGACGCACUCCUCACUGAUUGGCUGGAUUCGACUUCUAUGCCGCAGAGCUGGAAGCAGAAGCUGCGUGAGGCUUUCAGCUCCUUCGAUGCCGUUCGUGAGAGGUACUCGUCAUACCCAGACGAGGAGCAGGCUGCUUCGGCCUGGGUGUUGGGGGCCCCCGAGUCUGUCAGUCUGGCAGCGGACUUGCUGGAUCAGCUGAUCUACAAGGACAACUUCGAUGGUCGGUUCAAGGACGCCGUGAAAACGCACCAUGAGACAGCUGACUUCUUGGACUACCCCAGUGUCAAGUCCAAGAUUGCAGAGGUCGAAGACGCGCUUCGGAAAGAGAGCAAGCCGACUGUGGCUGAUCCGGCCACGGCCACAGACGGCGGCAGCACCUCCGCGGCAGCGUCUACGGCUGCAACGCAGCCGAGCAAGGCGUCCACAGACAGUCCUGCAAAUGCCACAGGCUUCCAAAAGCUGUCGUCUUCUGAACAGGACGAAUGGCGGGCAUUCAUGCUGAAGCAGCUGCGGGCGACUUUGCGGUUUAUCCCAGACAGCGGAAGUGCAAAUCAACUGGAGCAGAGCCUGAAAGACAACCCCUACGCGGUUUUGCAAGGAGACCCCUUGGGGACAGUGCUCUUGCACUUCGAUGUGAAGAAAAGUGGGGAAGCUGCUACCCGGCCCGACCUUCGGAAAACACCGCUUCGAGAGGCUCCCUACUGCCGCGCGGUGCGUGCUGUUUUGGAAGCUCGCGGCAAAAGUCCUGGACAGCCCGGAACCCUGAACUCUGCAGAGAUUGCCGUUGUUCUGGACGGCGGUCGGCCCGGCAAUCGCAAGAAGCUUCUGCAGCCUUGGAAGGUGGGGACAAGAUUGGAGAUGAAUGAAGAUGAAGAUGACGAAGCGGCUGCUCCGGCCGAAGACGACGAGGACGAUGACCAGAAGCCAGGACUGGUGAUCGAACCCCUGAUGAUCGGGGUACAACGAAAAAAGCCUUGCGACCAGACGCACGAAAUGCCGGGGAACAGCUACGCUGAAACAACUGGAGACGUGCUACGUCAUGUCCGCCAGCCGCCUCAACUUGCCAUCGCGAGAACGGAAGCAUUACGAGGGCACCACCAACGGCGACUCGCUGUUUGGGGUGGUAGCUCCAACACUUGCAGACGAGUGGCAUCUCCCCUGGCAGGAGAAAAAACAAUUGUACGGCAAGAAAAACAUCCACCAGGUGGGAGGAAAGACAGAGGGGGCAAAUGA